AAUAACAAAUUAUGAAAUUAUAGAACCAGAUAUUUCUAUGUUUAUUGUUUUGUACAUUGAGUUUAUCGCAUCAAUAUCAUGUUGAUUGCAGAACGAGGACAAGAAAACCAAGUUUGGUUACGCCUACAGUUUUGCUCAAGAUGGGUUCGGUCCUUCCGAGCUUGCAUACAUCAAUACCUCUACUUCAAGUAGAGAAUGUGGGUCGCUGUGUAGAAAUAUAAAGUAUACGAACUUAGAAAAAUUAUUAUGUGAUCCUUAUCAUGUUUAAAGUGAAAAGCUAUUCAUAUAAUACCUCGUUAAUUUAUUUUGUACAUACAUUCAGACGCUGUGUCGGUUGCAAGAAUUCAGACAUUUCCCCAUUGCAACCUCCAACAACAGCCAUGCCAAUGACUAGCUGCAAAACUCCGGAAGAAGAUGCAUUUUACAAGAAGUAUAAGGCAGAAUGCGAGCAGAUAGCACCCGUGUGUCCCACGUACAACCAACCAACACAGGAAAUGGGGGUGAGCACAAGAGAUUUCGAAUUAGAAUUGGACGAGCUUGCAGAGGCGGACGUGGACAGCGAGCAUUUAUUGGCAUUCAUAAAUCGAUACAAGGACAUUGGAGGACAACUCUACAGAAUGUUUCACGAUCGACUAAAUGAAGACUCGCAAAAAGCACAGAGAGAUCAUUGUCUAGAUCCUGACCAGACCUGGUACAGUGAACAUUUAUUUAAAAUGUUCAUAAACAGGAUGGAUCAGAAGGAAAGCGGCAGACCAUCUGGGACCAAUAGUGCCAAAGCCAACUCGAACGAUACGCCUGGAAGCGGUUCUAAAUGUUCAGCAAAAACUAUAGAAUUUGAUCAAUUGAGUGAUACGAGAACUGGAGCAAAAGCAGUUGCAAAUUCUGAUCCAAAUGUUAAACACUAUCCACUUGUUGAAGUAGGUGCCCAAAAAUCAUUAUCUUCUCUCGUCAAACACUGUUCAGUGCCAGCAGGAACAACAAAGCCACGCGAUAACAAUAAGUAUUCCAACAACUACAAAGUUUACAAUGCUUAUGCAUCGACAAGCCAAAUGCACACAUGUCCAGAAUUUGAUGAUUUCCUUAAAAACAAAUUGCUUGAAAAUUUGCAAGAGAAAAAAUCUUCAGAACAUCACGCAUCCGCAAUAUCUAGAACCAGUUCAGGGAAUAAUAAUAAUACAAGAAAGUAUCAAUGGCAAAAUGAGGACUCCGUGAAUAAUCUGACUGAUUCGAUGUACGACAUGGAUAGACCGCAUCAGUUUCUGCAGAAAGACACAAUUGCUGAAGAUGAUUUUAACAGACAAUUUUCACGACGGGAUUUAUCUGAACUUUCUCAUCUUCCUCAUGUAACACAACCUUCUGAAAGUUUGGAUCAGUUUACAAGAUUCUCACACCAACAUGAAAAUACACUGGAGCCUACUCGACCCUGGUAUUAUGACGAUGACGUUGGUCAAAAUAUGACAACAUUGCAUGAUAACAUUUCCAGGGACCUGUCACAACAUUUUACAACGUUUCCGCUGUCUAUUCCAUCUGAAACGGUGAUCGCGGAUGACGAGUUUCAAAUUCUUCACCAUCACCGAAUACAUGCCAGAGCAGAUCGACAUCGGCCCCCACCUCAAUUUCAAAAUGCUAGACUUCUGAUACCCACGUAUGACAACAAUGGGAAUUUCGUACAUUAUGUAUUUCAGUAAAAUCAGCGUUAUUUCAAAUUUUUUAUUGAACUGAAUCUCACUAUUUGUACAUACUUAUUUAUUUACAUCUUGUAAUACAUCUCGUGAUGGUUUUAAUACAAAUCAGUACUGCCCAUGCUUAUCAUA